GAUUGGGAGCUAAGCUUUCUUAGCUUAGUCUAGAAAUUCUUAACUAUUGACUUAAGAAGACUUUAAGUCUAAACAGUAACUGCAGUGUUUUUUUUUUUUUUUUUUUUUCUUAGCUAAAUAUGUUUAAAAAGACUCCAGGAAAACAUUUUUUGAAGUUAUUAUUGGAUGAUAGGACUAUGGGGCGGAGUUGGCCUUAGAGAAAUGAUAGCAGCAUUAAUAAAAAGUAUUUUAAAAAGCGCAUGCUGGACUCAAGUCAGUAUAGCUCCAGAAGACAGGAGCAGGAAGACAAGAUGAAUGAUGUGAAACUUGCUGUCUUGGGUGGUGAAGGAACAGGCAAAUCUGCCCUCACAGUAAGGUUUCUUACCAAGCGAUUCAUUGGAGAAUAUGCCUCUAAUUUUGAAUCUAUCUAUAGCAAGCAUUUGUAUUUGGAAGGGAAGCAACUGAAUCUAGAAAUAUACGAUCCUUGUUCUCAACCACAGAAAGCAAAAUUCUCCCUCACAAGUGAGCUGCACUGGGCAGAUGGGUUUGUUAUUGUGUAUGACAUCAGUGACAGGUCCUCAUUUGCUUUUGCAAAAGCACUGAUCUACAGAAUUCGGGAGCCACAAACUAGUCAUUGUAAAAGAGCUGUGGAAUCAGCUGUGCUUUUGGUUGGUAACAAGCAAGAUCUCUGUCAUGUACGAGAGGUUGGCUGGGAAGAAGGGCAGAAGCUGGCAUUGGAUAACCGAUGCCAGUUCUGUGAAUUGUCUGCAGCAGAGCAGUCUCUGGAGGUAGAAAUGAUGUUUAUCAGGAUUAUCAAGGACAUCCUGACAAACUUCAAACUCAAAGAAAAGAGAAGACCCAGUGGAUCUAAAUCAAUGGCUAAAUUGAUCAAUAAUGUAUUCGGAAAGAGACGGAAAUCUGUUUAGCAGAUGUGUUAUCUUAGGGGAUUUAUUAUAUCAGAGAGUUUCAAAUAUUCACAUGAUCAUGAAAUUUAUCCUUUGUAUGCAGGUUUUUUUUUUUUUUUUAAUAAUUCUCUUAGAGAAGUGAAAUGGCCGAACAUAAGCCAUAGCUUUGUUUUCAGAUACACAGUUUGCCUUUUUGGUUGUUUGUGUCUGUAUACUCUGCUUCACAUGAAAUCUUUUUCUCUAUGACACAGAAUAGCAUUCGCUAUAACUUAUUGAUGCAUUGCUAUCCAAUUUGCCUUGCCAAAUAAACUCUGCUUAAUAAUGUUAUUAAACUACCAUUCCAGAGGCCUCAGUUGACCUUUAUUUUAUUUAUUUCUUUUGAAUGAAGUAUGUAAUUAUAUUUCAUAUAGUUAAUGUGUUAUAGUGCUGAAUUUAUAAAUUUGUAGAAGUUCACAAUUUAGUAGAAAUGCAUGAAUUUAAUUUUGAAAAUGCCUUUACAGGAAUUCAGUGAGUCCUUGAUAUUGCUUACAUCUGGAUAUUACUUAUUACCCAUACUACUUAUUUUGCCUAUAGCUUAGGCCUUGAAGAUUUAAAUUCCUUGCCUGUAGGUGUAGUCUGUAUUUGGUCUGAUGAUGAAAAAUUCUGCCUUUCCUUGUAUUCUUUGCUAAGAAGGGUAAUUAUCAUAGAGAAAUUAACUUAUACAGCUUUUCAUAUGAAAAAGAGCAGUUGAUUUUCGUUCACAUAGAGAUCCAUACAUCACAGGGAAAGAAAAAAAUAAAUGCUGUUUGCUAAAUAUAUAACCUUGAAGACCUUAUUGCCCUGAAAGAAACACCAUAUUAGACAGACAUUUGGGCCUUCUUAGAUUUCUUUGAGUACAGUUUCCUUCAGAAAUCAACCUUUUACCACCCCGCACUUUAGUACCACUGCGGUUAGCCUUGCUCCAUUUCAAGUCAUAGCCCUAGACCUAACUUCAGCCAAAUCACUGAUAAAUUAAGGUUAGGUCUCCGAGAAGUUAAACUGGGAGCACAAGCAAUGGUACAUAUGUUGGGUAACAUGUAUUGGCAGGACCCUGGGGGCAAAGGUGGAAGAGAAUCUUGAGUAGAGCGUGGUACAGAAGAUUCAGCUGCAAAGGGGAGAAUCAUUGACGUGGUGUUACCAUGAGUCAUGAUUACGCGUUGGAGGAGUGAUACCGAGAGCUCAUUGGUGCAGCUUUGCUGUUCCUCAGGAGCCUGACCUGGAUACACUAGAGUAAAAGUAGUGGAAAUAAUAAGACACCGUGUGGUAGAAUACAAAAUAGUUCAGAACAUUCAUAAAGAUAGGGGAGUUAGAAUUGAUACGGUGCAGGUUGACCCAAGAACCUGCCAUCUUGCUGUGUUGCUUGGGACCAUUCAGAGGCAUUUUUAUUACUAAGGAAGCGAGGAGGCACAGACAACUUUGAGAAGCUUAACAGUGGCUGUGCUUACAGGUCAGAAUUGGCAGUGGGGAUCCUGCCAUCGAACUGUGCUCCUCCGUAUCAGUGCAGGUGAUAGAAUCCUGGAAGAGUAGAAUCAGAGUGCCGGCAUUUAACUAGGUUCCUGUUAUCCACCCACUCAGCCCCCAAAGAAGUGAUGCUAUGUCCAGGGUAGAGGCUCCGUUUGUAACACUGGCUCGUUGGAAACUUAGAAGUAAUGUGCUCAAUCAGCUAUAUAGAGGCAAAGCCCAUAUUAUAAGCCCAGGCAUCUCUUCCAUCUGUGGAAUGCCACUGUGACCACUACUAUCCUGGAUCCAUUUUGUAAGCACAGGGAUGGCCAAGAAAAGAGGCAGGUUGAUAUCUGCAGGACAGGUCAUUCUGUCCACUCGGUUGCAAAGUGAGUUCUCAUCGGUGGAUGCUCUCUGAUGGGCAGUAGCACGAUACACAAAUAUAUGUCCAUUUUAUGCUCUCUCUAGGAGAUCCAUUCAUAUAAUUUUUCUCUAGUUUUUCUUGUCACUGUCUUCCAGUUUUACUUUACACUGAUCUCAGACCAACUGGCAAAACCGCUGAUGGCUGCAUAGAAAUCUGUACCAUGCGCCACCUUUUCUAACAUACAAAGGGUAGAUAACCAAGUAUACACCUCGAAGCUCUGGCAAAUGGGACAGUGAACUUCUUGGUAACCUCCCUGUAACGAGGCCCAGUCCUCUUAUUGCUUGCACUUAUAUCUCAAGCUUUGGAAAGCUUUCUAUCAAUUCGGAACAUUCAGAUUUGAUUGCUAUGUCAAUGAGAAAUAAGCUUUUUUUUUUUUUUUCAAAGAUUUUAUUUAUUUA